AUGAGUCGUAGAAGCGGUUUCUUGCUUGGUAGGAGAUCAAUCUCACUUGUCAGGCCGACGCCUACGACAAUAGUGCCUACUCAAGUGCCCCAAGUCCCUGAUGUUGAGCCCCUUUUCGCUCAGGAUGCUGAUUCUUUGCACACCCAAUUUCGCGUUCUAGGGCAACCUCCAACUCUGGCAUCCUUGAGUAUCCCGCCUUCGGUUUCAUUGUACAUUCGAAGAGGUUGUAUUGUAUCACUAUUGAAUACCUCUGAACUCGCUUUAACGCAUAGUUGGAUGAAUCCUAUAUCGAAUCUGCUGAAAUAUGGCAGCCUUAAGCCUUCCUUAUAUCACAAACUUGUGUCAAGUCAAGCUUUCAAUGCUUUGGUUGCUCCAAAUGUCAAUACAGGGAAGUUGGGUUCCUGGAUGGGAUUGUCUUCCACUCCAUUCAGAACACUGUGCCUGCUUGAUCUCGAUGGUACAAGCGAUUGGUGUUUAUUCGGAAAAAACUCGGUGAUUGCUUUUGAAGAAAAUUCAUCCUUGGAACUAAGACAGUCUCCGCUCUUCUUUACAUCCCGUAAGAGCAGCCUACCUCACAAAUAUGAAAUUGCUCGAGGUCGAGGAAAUAUUCUUUUAAGUGGUUCGGGAUCCGUUUAUACUAUCGAGCUAGAGUCUCCUUCUGACGAGAUAAUAAUUAAAAGCGAGCACUUGCUUGGCAUUAGUGGCACUUCUCAAGCUGAAAUUAUAAAAUCUGUCGCAGAAACCCAAUUGACGCCCACCUCUUCGAAAAUUACCGCCAAGAAAUCAACAGACGAGGCAAGCGAAUUUGAUUUGAAGCAAUUCUGGAUCAUGACUAAGAAUGCCAUUAUCUCUUCGUGGAAUUUCAUAAAGUAUCACUACACGAGAUUUAUCAAUGGUCCUACAAGGUUUUUGAAGAUAAAGGGCCCCAGAAACAUUCUUGUACAAAGCUCCUACAAUGUCUAUCUUCCAGCAACACCAUCCACUAAUGCUCAGGUUGGUAGUUCAAUUCCCAAAGCAUUGCCUUCAAUGGAAGGUAGUGCUAGAAAUUAUUUAAGCUAUGUCAACGUCGCCAAAGACGGUGAAGUGACCUUCAGCAGCACGCCAAAUUUUGACGAAGAAGUUAAACGGUUGGAAAGUAUUAGUAAAAAAUAG